AACGUUCCAUCCUAUCUGGCUCUCCGAACAAACGCACCCUAACCCGCUGCCUUGCCGUCACCUCAGCUCGCUCCGGCCACCCUGCCCUCGAGGAUUCACUUGGAGCGAACCGUCAUGGGGUUCGCGGGCUGGUACCUGAAGAUCGCGGCGGUCGGGGCCUCCAUAGGUGCCGCCAUGGAGCUCUUCAUGAUCCACACCGGCUUCUAUGAGAAGGUGACCGUCUUGGAGUCUGAAAAACGAGCUUGGGAAAGCAGUCCAGAGGCCCAGGCAAUGAGAGAAGCCCUGAAUCCAUGGCGCAAGCAUGAUGAACAACAGAAGAAAUAGUCAUGAGUUAUGUGUCCUGUCAAGUGUUUGCAUCCUCCAUUUAUAGACUCCUUGAAUGAGGUAACAUGCAUAUGAAUUGUUUGCACUUGUUGAAUUAUUUGUCCUAGAUCUUUGAAAUUUCUGGAUGCAUGGAUGGUACCUUCCUGUGAACUUUAAUAGGAAACUGUGAUAAACUUUUUCUCAAGAGGGAAAAAGUUGUUGAGGGAACAAUUAAGCUAAACUGUACACGUUCAGACUGGAUUUCACUUGUUAUAUUUUGUUUUAACAGCAUAUCA